AUGCAACCACUGCGCAGAAGCUCGUCCUUGUUGCCGCUGGGGACAUGGGUCUCCCGCAAGUACAUUUUGAGGCGAGGGCCACAAUUAUCAAGGGCUCUGGCCUGUGCCUCGAUGCCACUAGGGGCCGCAAUGGGUGUCUUACCGCACAUGGAACUCUUCUGGUCUUCGAGCCCAUCGCUGGGCUUUGCAGCCCGACCCCUCAGUACUUCUGAGCAAAGAGCAAAGGAGAAUUCUACGAAGUCAGAAGAUGCAGAGAACCAGACUCACAAGUCCUUGAUGUACGACAAGGAGGAAUACUCAAUUGGCAGCGAGAUGGCACAAAAACCAAUGACUGCUGCUGAGGGCGUGUCAUACACAGCAGUAAUCCUGGCGGCAUUUGCGGUGUUGGGAGCAAUUAUUUGGGCAUUCAUCUCAACAUACAUCAUGGACCCUCUUGAGUACAUAUGCUUCAAUUUGACCCUUGACAAACUCCGGCAGGAUCCUCGCAUCAUUGUGCGGUUGGGCAACACCAUAAAAGGCUAUGGAGAGGACAGCUCCCACCGCUGGCAGAGGCAAAGAAUACCAAACAGGGAGUACACAGAUCCAAAGGGGACGCAACACUUGCAGAUCCAGUUUCACAUCAAAGGGCACGGUGGAGUGGGUGUGGUCUAUGCGGACAUGUACAAGGACAACAGCAAGAAAUGGCAGUACUCUUACCUCUACGUGGACUUCCCGUCGGGGGGUUCGAGCCAACGGCUGGCGAUCGUCAGGCCUCAGAUUUAG